UAUUUUUCGUGAAUUCCGAAUAGUUUCAUUUUUUUCUACCCGUACGACAAAAACCAUGUCCAAUCGAACGUUCAAUCUGCUGUGGACCAGCUCUCAGAAGGAGCUGGAAAAACUGGCGGUCAACGAUUUCGAAUACCAGGCAAUCGAGGCGCAGCACGAUCGAACUGAAAUCCAGGGCCAGGUAUUCGAGCUGUAUCUUCGGUACAUUGUAAUCUCCAAUCGGCUGGAGGAAAUCUAUGAUCAGAUGGUGCAGCCGCAGAAGCGCAUUUUGAUCCGAAAGCUGCUAGAUAACUGCCUUGGGCGUGUGCUGGAGCUGAAGCACGAUUUAGUGAUUAUCGAUAUGAUGGAGUUUAGCUACAAUGAUGCGGUGGUGGAUAAAUUGGGUCUGACACCCUUGAGUAUGGAAAUAAAUGUUCCCCGAUAUUUCCGGAGGGACAAAGAAGAAAUGCUGAACGAAAGGAGAAAGUUUAUGGAUGACAUACUGCGAAAAAUUGGAGCACUAGACGAGGAGGUCAUUGAAGAGGAAUUAUCGGAGCUGGAUGCGAUUAAGAUUAUUCAAACGCAUGAACGUGCUCGACAGGGAAGAUUAAGGGCUCAGUUUAUGAAAGAGUUGAAACUUUUAAAGGAGAAAGGUAAGCCGGAUAGUAGCCGGGAUAAGUCCACAACUGGGUUGAAUGCGGCCAUGAAAAUUCAGAAAGUUUGGAGAGGUUAUGCGACUAGAAGACAAACCAGACGAAAAAAGAUGGAAGAAAUGAUCCUGAUUGGAAUGAUACCACCCCAGGUCACGACAGCGCGAACAGCGGUAGACGAGCUGGAAGAAACUAAACUGACUCGGUAUGUCCAGCAGAAAGAGUUUCAAGAUGAGUAUGAGCAAUCGUUGGUUCGCGUGAAGGACGAAAUUUACUGCAAGCAGGGGGCCGCAAUGAAGGAGGACAUCGCUGAUGAAAUUCGCACUUGGUUUAAAGAGUAUCAGAAGCGAACAGGACGUUUGCCAGAUUUUCCCUCGGAAGAAGCUGGUGGAUCCCGCCAUCUGUUGAGUCGACAGGCCACAGAAAGUGAGAUGAGCCGGUCAUCGGUGAUGUCCUCGCGGGAGAGUAAAUUGAAAUCCGCCAAGGAUGCAAAAGUGCAACAGAAAAGACCUGGGGAGGUUUCGCUCGAGGAAGGACUGGAUAGGGCAUUCAAACCGAUGCAAUCUUCGUUUCUUCCCGAGAUUAAAACCGGUAUCGACGAGUACACGGAGAUCUGGAAAGGCAAAGACGAAUCGCAUAACCUGAGACAGACCUAUUAUGAUGACAUGAUUUAUGAGGAGAAAUAUUCGGAUGUUGAGACAGAGCUACGUCGGAUUGUGGAUGACAUUAUGCGACAGGAGUUGGAUCUUCUGCAGAUUGCGCUGGAUAGAGAUCGAGCCCAGAAGGGAAAGAAAACCAAGAAGGGCAGUAAAAAGGCACGUCGAAGUGGCAAGAAGGGUAAGAAGAAACGAGAGAAAGAUUUGACCCCGGAUCGCACCACGGAGUCUCUGUUUGAGGAGCUGCUUACGAACGGUAUCAUUAAAAAGUUUCCCGAAACUCCCAUAAACUCCUUCGUGGGGGAUUUGAGCUACGCUGCCCGUAGCGCACUGAAUCCUUCACCGGGAGAUGUUCGUCAUCUCAUCAAACAGUACUGCAUCCUUCCACUGGGUUCUGAUACUAUCCGCAAUUUCGGACCGUGUAUCAAGUCACUGCUCAUAGCCGGUCCGAAGGGUUCGGGAAAAACAUCUCUAGUUCAUGCAAUCUGUACGGAGACCGGAUCGGUUCUGUUCGAUAUCAGUCCGGCCAACAUCGCCGGCAAAUAUCCCGGUAAAUCCGGAUUGCUAAUGUUAAUGCAUUUAAUAUCGAAAGUUUCCCGACUCCUGCAACCAUCGGUAAUAUACUUCGGUGACGCUGAGAAACCUUUUAUAAAGAAAGUCCCCAAAACGGAUCGCACCGAUCCGAAACGUUUGAAGAAAGAUCUUCCCAAGUUGGUGAAAAACAUUAACCCGGAGGACCGAAUCAUGCUGAUUGGAACAUCCAACUGUCCUUGGGAAGGCGACAUGAAGUUGAUCGUACAGACAUAUCAGCGUUUCAUUUACAUUCCCCGCCCGGAUUACGGAGCACUCUCGUUCGCUUGGAAGGAAAUGUUGAGCCAUUACAGUGGUGUCCCACGGCAGUUUGAUACGGGCGCGAUGGCUAAAAUAUCGGAUGGUUACACGGUCGGUUCGGUUGUGAAGUGCAUCCGGGAGGUGAUUACGUGCAAGCGGAUGCUGCAGUUGAGAACGAAACCGUUGACUCAUUUGGAGUUGAUCAAUGCGCUGAGCGCACUGGAACCCGUUUACAAAGAAGAGGAGGAAGCUUUCAUGUACUGGUGGUGUAAGACACCACUCGGCCGACGCCGCUCGAAGCAGAUGGAAAUGGAGCACGAGGCUCGGAUGGAGAUCGAGAACGUCAACAAGCAGAAGAAAAAAUAACUGAUUAUUUAAGAUUUUUGUGUGGUUUUGUUUUGCAUUACUGAUAUGAAAAAAGUUUUGUAUGUGUGUUUCCAAUAAAGUUUGUAGAAUAUGUGUUCUGUUGCUAACGAUCGAUUAUAA